CAGAGGAAGACUGCUCCCUACAAGAAUGUCAACAUUCAGAACUUUCACAUUAGCUGGAAAGAUGGGUUGGGAUUCUGUGCUCUCAUUCACAGACACCGUCCAGAGCUCAUUGACUAUGGCAAGCUGCGCAAGGAUGACCCCAUGACUAAUCUGAACACAGCCUUCGACGUGGCAGAGAAGUACCUGGACAUCCCUAAGAUGUUGGACGCUGAGGACAUCGUAGGCACAGCCCGCCCAGAUGAAAAGGCCAUCAUGACCUACGUGUCUAGCUUCUACCACGCGUUCUCAGGCGCUCAGAAGGCGGAGACCGCAGCCAAUCGGAUCUGCAAGGUGUUGGCUGUCAACCAGGAGAAUGAGCAGCUGAUGGAGGAUUACGAGAAGCUGGCUAGUGAUCUCCUGGAGUGGAUCCGGCGCACCAUUCCGUGGCUGGAGAACCGUGCUCCAGAGAACACCAUGCAGGCGAUGCAGCAGAAGCUGGAGGACUUCAGGGACUAUCGGCGUCAACACAAGCCCCCCAAGGUCCAGGAGAAGUGCCAGCUGGAGAUCAACUUCAACACCCUGCAGACCAAGCUGAGACUCAGCAACAGACCUGCCUUCAUGCCCUCCGAGGGGAAGAUGGUGUCGGACGUCUCUAACGCCUGGGGCGGUCUAGAAGGGGCGGAGAAGGGUUAUGAGGAGUGGCUCCUCAACGAGAUUCGCCGGCUGGAGAGACUCGACCACCUGGCCGAGAAGUUCCGUCAGAAGGCAGCUAUUCACGAAACCUGGACUGAAGGUAAGGAGGUGAUGCUGCAGGCGCGGGACUUUGAGACGGCCUCUCUGUCUGAGAUCAAGGCUCUGCUGAAGAAACACGAGGCCUUCGAGAGCGACCUGGCCGCGCACCAGGACCGCGUAGAGCAGAUAGCUGCCAUCGCUCAGGAGUUAAAUGAGCUGGACUACUAUGACUCCCCCAGUGUGAACGCUCGCUGCCAGAACAUCUGUGACCAAUGGGAUGCCCUGGGAGCCUUGACUCAGAAACGCAGCGAGGCUCUGCAGAGAACUGAGAAGCUUCUGGAGACCAUAGACCAGUUGUAUCUGGAGUUUGCCAAGCGAGCUGCUCCGUUCAACAACUGGAUGGAGGGAGCCAUGGAGGAUCUGCAGGACACCUUCAUAGUUCACACCAUAGAGGAGAUACAGGGUCUGAGUACAGCCCACGAGCAGUUUAAAGCCACUCUCCCUGAUGCGGAUAAGGAACGCGGUGCCAUCCUGGGCAUUCACAAUGAGAUCGCCAAGAUAGUGGCCACCUAUCAUGUGAACAUGGCUGGUACCAACCCUUACACCACCAUCAACCCUCAGGACAUCAACGCCAAGUGGGACAAGGUGAGACAGCUGGUGCCACAGAGGGACCAGGCCCUGAUCGAGGAGCACGCCCGCCAGCAGAACAACGAACGUCUCCGGAGGCAGUUUGCCAACCAAGCCAAUGUCAUCGGGCCCUGGAUACAAACCAAGAUGGAGGAGAUUGGUCGUAUCUCUAUCGAGAUGCACGGAACCCUGGAGGAUCAGCUGACCCACCUCCGCCAAUACGAGAAGAACAUCGUCAACUACAAGCCAAAGAUCGACCAAUUGGAGGGAGACCACCAGCUGAUUCAGGAAGCUCUGAUCUUCGACAACAAACACACCAACUAUACCAUGGAGCAUAUCCGUGUGGGCUGGGAGCAGCUCCUGACCACCAUCGCCAGAACCAUCAACGAGAUCGAGAACCAGAUUCUGACGCGGGACGCCAAGGGUAUCAGCCAGGACCAGAUGAACGAGUUCAGAGCCUCCUUCAACCACUUCGACAGGAAGAAAACAGGGAUGAUGGAAGCUGAAGACUUCAAAACCUGCCUUAUCUCCCUCGGUUACAACAUGGGUGAAGCAGAGUUCUCUCGCAUCAUGAGCAUCGUGGAUCCCAACCGGGUGGGCGUGGUCACGUUCCAGGCCUUCAUAGACUUCAUGUCCCGGGAGACGGCCGACACAGACACCGCUGACCAGGUCAUGGCCUCCUUCAAGGUCCUGGCUGGGGACAAGAACUACAUCCUGGCCGAUGAGCUUCGUCGUGAGUUGCCUCCUGACCAGGCAGAGUACUGUAUCGCCCGCAUGGCUCCCUACGCCGGCCCCGACGCGAUACCCGGUGCCCUCGACUACAUGUCCUUCUCCACCGCACUCUACGGAGAGAGUGACCUCUGAGUGACCUUUGACCCCUAACAUGUGAGGUCGCUCACCAGCCUACCUGCUCUUACCACCGCCCCCCCGCAAGACCCUCCUACUGCUCCAACACCGCAGCUCUGCUCUAGCAUAGGUGCCAGAUCUGUUUGUGUUGUCUUACCCAACUCAUCGUUGUCACGCCAGUUUAGCAAAACACAGAUCUGGCAUCAGGCUAGCCCUGCUCUACAACGCUCAAAACAGCACAGACAAAUCUGGCAUCAGGCUAGCCCUGCUCUACAACGCUCAAAACAGCACAGACAGAUCUGGCAUCAGGCUAGCCCUGCUCUACAACGCUCAAAACAGCACAGACAGAUCUGGCAUCAGGCUAGCCCUGCUCUACAACGCUCAUAACAGCACAGACAGAUCUGGCAUCAGGCUUAGCCCUGCUCUAUAAUGCUAACAUGUUUUUUUCUAUGUUCCUGGCCUUAUCUUAUAUGUCAUAAUCAUCUUGUCUGCCCCCCUUCCCCCUCCUUCCUUUUCCACUCAUUCCCCCCUCCGCCAACCCCUUUACUGGUGUAGGCUGAAGUUGCCCCUAGAUGCUGAUCUGGGGUCAGUUUAGAACUUUCCCCACUCUAGUAGUUAGUUAGGAUUGAGGGAGUGAAAGCUGAUCCUAGAUCUGUACCCAAGGGAAACUUCACCCCCGGACGGAGCAAGCCCCUUCCCUCCCUCAUACUUUCUCUCAGUUGGACUUGCUUCCCAUGCAGCAACACUCUCCAGGUUUACAAAAAGGGAGAGAAAUGUGUUUUUAUUUUUCUUGUUAUUGUUUUUCUUCAUAAAAUGAAUAAAGCUAACAUAUUUUAUUAUACAGAACAAAAAAAGGUAUUUUUCUUCACCUGCUAAAAAAAAAAGAAACAACAAUUGAAAUAAAGAUAAAUUGCUAUA